UGGCUGUGUUAAAUAAGCCUGGCCAAAGCGCGUGGGAGACGUUGGCGGCGAUAGUUAACUGAGAACAUGUGAUCGCGGCUCGGCUGGUGCAUUUUUCCUUUUUCUUGGACUACAGAGUUGAACUCGGCUUCAAAAGCACCACCACCCGCCCUUUCAUUUGAAUUUUAUUUAACGUGCUUUAAGACAAGACACAAGAAGACGCCUUUUUUUAACUUCCUUCCAUAGACCUAGAUCACCCUUCUUUUGUUUAAAGCCUCACCCCCUUGGAUUCCGCUAUACUUAGCUUGCGACGAACGCCAAUCCCACUACAUAUAACCCGCCAUGGCCUCGGGCGGCGGCCGCAAAUGGCAGCAAUUAUUACAGGAGCUAGUAAUGAUUGCUGGCACGUCGCUUUCCACAUAUUUUGUCGUCAGAUUCCUGCUUUCCAAAGUCGAAUUCGAUCCCGAUAGCCAAAAACAUGAGGAAGCAAAGCGAAAGUCUGCGGCUAUAUUACGAAGACUCGAUGGCCCCGAGGAUUCGGACGACGAGUCCCCCAGCCGAAAGAAAGGCUCACGGCGACAAAAGAAGCAAAGGAGGGAGGACCUCGUACUGUCGCAAUACGAACAGACCAUCGCGAUGGACGUCGUAGCGCCAGAAGACAUCCCAGUAUCCUUUAACGACAUCGGUGGACUGGAAGAUAUUAUUGAAGAAUUGAAGGAGUCGGUCAUAUAUCCGCUAACCAUGCCACAUCUAUACUCAUCCACGUCAUCGCUCCUCAGCGCGCCGUCAGGAGUGCUUCUCUACGGGCCGCCCGGAUGCGGCAAGACGAUGCUGGCAAAAGCGCUGGCCCACGAGAGUGGCGCCUGUUUUAUAAAUCUUCACAUCUCAACCCUAACAGAGAAGUGGUACGGCGAUUCGAACAAACUCGUCAACGCCGUCUUUUCUCUCGCGCGUAAACUGGAGCCGAGCAUCGUAUUCAUCGACGAGAUCGAUGCAGUACUGGGGACGCGGCGGAGCGGCGAACACGAGGCCAGCGGCAUGGUGAAGGCCGAGUUCAUGACACACUGGGACGGGUUGACCUCUUCCAGCACCUCUGGGCAACCGCAGCGGGUUCUCAUCCUUGGCGCAACGAAUCGGAUCCAGGAUAUUGACGAGGCGAUUCUCAGACGCAUGCCGAAAAAGUUCCCCGUCACCCUUCCGCCCACUGCGCAGCGUUUCCGGAUAUUAGGGCUUAUACUUCAGGACAUAAAGGUCGACCGGGAGAAUUUUGAUCUGGACUUCCUGGUCAAGGCUAUGGCGGGGAUGUCAGGUAGUGAUAUCAAGGAGGCUUGUCGGGACGCUGCAAUGGUGCCUAUCCGGGAGCUAAUACGAUCGAAGCGGGAUUCGGGCAUUACGAUGGAAACCGUGGAUCCGGAUGAAGUGCGCGGUCUGCGAACGGAAGAUUUUUUCAAACGAGCCGGUGGCGUGAGGGCUACCGGUGAUGUGGGUAAUAAUGGUGCUAUUGUCAAGCGCAAAUCUGUGCUAGCAAAGGCCAUAAACAGCAAGCCAUUGUCUGAAAAGGAUUGGAUUACUGAUUCUGAAGGCGGUGGUGACGAUCGGGUUGUUGAGCCGGAGUUCAUCCCUAUUGAUGAAUGAUCGACUGAGUUUCCCUGUCAUGGCGCAAACUUAUUGCCUCUUGUUAUAUUCAUACACGUAUAUAUAUAUUCCUUAACAAUUCUUUUUAAUUAUAUCAUUACACUCCUAUCCCUUGUUCGCGUGUGUAUAGUAUGCUAUCUUUUCAAGCGUGUCAGAUGGUGGGAAGAUUUGGGGCUUCCCUUGACAAAUAUGUUGACUGUUAACUACUCCGUACAUAGAAAUGUGACGGCGUUCUGGGCAAGGGUUUACUUAUUUCCUAUUUCCCAAGUUAUUUGAACUCCAAAAACAUACUGACCUAGGAUUGGAAUUGAACUGUUUAUCUCUACUUUUGUUUUCUUCCCACUAAAUAUCUAAUCCGUAGCUAAAUAUAUAAAUAUAUAAAUAUAUAUAUACAUA